AUGGAGCACAGCAAGAUCAAGACCAAGGACUCCGAAGGCAAUCCCACCGACAAAGGACUGAAGGCACUCUUGGAGACGCUCAAGGGAGCGAUCGCUGUUGUCAAGCUCGUGAAGAUCAAUGAGCUGUGUGGAGACGAUCCCAAGAAUCGAUGCGGCAAUACAUCAUUCGCCGAACAAGACUUCAGACGGCUAGAAGAGGUUGGCAGUGGUCUUAGCCAGCAGGAGCUAGUGUCGGUCCUCCGCUUGGUGAACAAUGACUACGACUUCGAGAAGAUCGCCAAUGCGAUGAGGAUCCAAUUCCCUCAGGCAUCAGGCAAGCCAGUUCACCGGCGAGACCUACUUGCUUGUGGCCGCACUCCAGCUGCACGAGAGUCUUCCGUCGGAGCUACAAGCUGGGCAAGGACAGACCUCGAGAGCUAUGGUGACGCCUUUGAGUACUAUGACGAUGAGGCCUACAUGGAGGAUGAAGAUGAGGAGUAUGAAGCACCGACCUUCGAUGGUGAGGCCUUCUGGGAAGAUGGUGGAUUGGAGGCACUCGCACAAGACCUCCAUGAAUCAGAAGGCAAUGAAGAGGUGGCCGAAGCCCUCGCUAUUGUCAUGCAGUUCAAGAAGGGCAAGAGCAAAGGCCAAGGAACAGCGCAACACCGCUGUCAAGUUCUUGAAGUUUGUCGCCGCUUGCGCAAGCUGUGGCCAGAAAGGCCCGCACUCUCACCUCCGAAGAAGAAGAAUGAUAGCAAGACGACCUUCUUUGUCUUGCGCGAAGGCAUCGAGUCCGACGAUGGGAAGGAGAUCAACGCCACCUUUGUGCCAUCGAAUGCCUCCUUUUCUGAGAAUAUGCAAGUCUCUGCGGGCCUGUGGGUGAGGAGGUCACUGCAUGAGGAUGCGCCGGGCAAUGCUUUGGAUGAGCCCAAUGAUGUCGAGCAAAAGCGAGUGAUAGCUCCCACUGGAUCUGUGAGCAUCUUGCCACACUACAUCGACGACGAGCGCAACUACAAGGACAUUGGAUCUGCACCUGGAGCAAGUUUCACUAUGCAUGUUUCUCCAAAGCCAGCGCGUGAAGUGCUGAUGGUGCUGAAGGACACCCAGGUCUGUGAGCACGGCUCAUACUUCGGUGGCAUUGAACGUGAGUUCCACCGGGGCGCAAAUGGCCAUACAAGACACGCGACCUGCAAGGACCAGGAUUGCAACAAGACCAUCAUCGUGGCUAAGCGCAAGGACGCCUCCCAACUCUGGCGCUACCUGGUCCAGAUCGCACUACGCACAAAGUGGGGCAGGCAAGAUCUCGUGAGCUCUUCGCAAAUGUCUGCAAGGCACGAGACAAGGCACUUGCCGAUGAUGAGGAGCGACGAGCAUUCCACGAGGCUAUCCACGACAGCCAUGAAGAUGGCGCUUGAGGAUCAACCCAUAGCACCGGAAACCUACCGCUUCGCCUUCUACCUGUUUGACAGGGCGUGGUCAAUGGUGAGGAUCACCAUGGAGCUAGAAGCGCCUGGUGGUCUGCCAUUGCUCCUCUCUCGACCUUUCAUGGAGGAGCUUCAGACCGUCAUUGACAUUGGCGCCCGCACCGUGAGCUUCAACAAGAUCGGUGUCUCAGGACUUCCUUUGGUCCGCACGUCCCGAGGCCAUCUAGAAGUGAGCCUGUUGGAUUUUGACAUGGACUCCAUCCAGGACCAGUCCCCUGAGCACAAGAGCAACGACCAUGACAAGUCGAUGGCUCAGGACAUCGCUCCAAGAUCCCCGACACAGUCAGAGCUGGACUAUUGCAUCGGCCCUGACAUGUUCCAUGACUAUGACGGGAUGAACUCCGGUGACUACCACGAUGAGACGAUGGCACGUGAGUUGUUUCUUGAUGAAGCCCGAGCAAUUCGUGACGCCUAUGAACGUGAUCUACGAGGAUCUGAAUCUGCGGCACCUGCACCAGGUGAGCGUGGGCUGAUCUGUGAAGAUGUGAACUUCAUCGACGACAACCCCGAUCAGUUCAUCGUCAUCUCCGGUAGCUUCAAGAAGGUGUCCACGUUGCCGGUCUAUGGCAAGACCUGGAUGAAGCAGCUCUUCGCUGGUCAGAUGGGCCUAUCUCUUUUGGCCAUCAUGGACCCCUACUUGACCGUCAUCACACAGGCAUGUGGUUUUUGGUGGGGAAAUUGGAGCCUCUUCAACUUGGCCCGUGGUGGACACGCUGCUGUGACCAUCAUGGAUCUCCGAGAAGCCAACAAGCCCACGCUGUCUCUCGUCAACAAGAUCACAAAAGACCGUAUCAAAGCAAAGAGGCAUACAUGGGUCAAGCAGCCUGAGUGUGCCGACAUCCUCAAUUUCAUCGAGGACAGCAUCCUCCUGGUUCUCCGAGUGGACGGCUGCCAAGUUGGAUACAAAGAUGCUGAGAGCGGACUUCUCAACAAGAAGCCUUCGCUCUAUGUCACCACCCUCUUAGCCUCUGUCUGGCCUCAUACUUUGAAUGAGAUGGUUUUGCAAGCUAUGGUUCAACAAGCCUCAGCCGAAGCGACUGCCACCUACAACACUGCAGAAGCCUUUCCUUCGGAAGUACGCCCCGCUGAAGGUCCACCUGGUGAGCGUGAAUCAAAGAGAAGAAGAAAGAAGGGAAGAGUCGCGCAGCUUGUUGGCCAGUAUGCUGCCCCACCGGUCUAUGUCCGACCUGAUCAACCUGCGCUGGCACUACCAGAUACCAAUCUCCCUGAAGAAGACCAAGAGGCUGAACCCGCAGUGCCUCCAUUGGAUGAUGCCUCCUUUCGAGCUUUGCAAGCGGCAGAGCUGGAUCCCAUCCUCAACAUCACCGAGGGUGAUAGAAGACGAAGAUGGCUAACCAUCUCUCUGGAGAUCAGGAAGAUCCUUCGAGAUCUACAUGUCCAGUUUGGCCAUCCGACCAACAGCACUCUGCAGAGGAUCCUACGCUUGCCCCAGUCGAUCCAAUUUGAUCGUGGCAAGGAAUACCUCGCCUUCUUCAGCGGCUACCUGAACGAAUUUGGUGUGGAGCGGGAGAUUGUUGAGAGAGCCGGUGCACUCUGGAAGGAUGUCUUCUACAAGACCGCCCAUGAGAUGCAACUUCAAGGGCUCGAAGAUGUGAUCAGGGCGACCACCAUCGUGAUUCAAUACCGGAACUCAUUUCCACGACCCAACGGCUUCUCACCUGAUCCGCAUUCCUGGUUCACUACUUGA